AGCUGGUGAUGUAUUAUGUAUCCUAAGGAAAGAUUUGCCUCUGUUCAGAAACCUUCCUGACCUCAUGACUGAAGAAGAACAAAAUAAUGUAUUAACAAAAACAUGGUUCACUGCCAAAGAAAAGGAGUUCCUGUAAGGACUGAAACAAUAAAUCUCCUCUGUACUGAACUCCCAGAGGGAGUAUGUUGUGUUUCCUCCUGUUCUUUAUCAAAGUCCCCAAAAUAAGCAGGAAUGGGCAGUGACCAGGCACAGUCACCACACACCUUUUUCCAUGGAGUAAUUAAGGCCUGCCUCAGAGUGAGAGCACUCCCUGCCCAGCUGCGCAAGGGAGAGCUGACAGCACUACCACCGAGCAUGAAGCUCCUGGGGACUGCCUUCUUUUUCCUUGCUGUACUCUGUGUUUGCACUGUGGGAGAUGGCAUUCAAGCCCCUACUGUCAAGACAGCCACUUCUUCAGUAGCACCAAAAGCUGAAGGGGAAUCUGUGACUACAAGAACUUCACAAGCAACAACAUCAGUAACACCAGUGCUGACAACAACUGCAGUCAACACUACAAAUGAAACCACCACAAGCAGCCCCACGUCUUCUUCACCUAAUGCUACAUCACAAGCAGCACAAGGCACAACAGAAAAACCAUCAACUGUGACUUCAACAGCAAAUGCAAGUCUCAGCAUAACAAACACUACACAAGCAAGUGGAGCACAAUUGCCACAAAAUGAGAGUUUGGGUGCUGCGCCUACUACGGGACAGUCUUUUAUUUCUACAGUCUCUCCUAAAACAAACACUUCUGCUUCUGGAACCUCAGGCCUUCCCGUGAGCUCUCCAACACAUUCAACAAAGCCAACUUCUGAAAGUCCCAAAAGCAGUUCUGGAAACCAGACUCAUACAGGGAGUAAUAUCAGCUAUUCUAAUGUUAUCUUGCCAAUUGUCAUCACCCUGAUAGUCAUUACCCUCUCUGUCUUCUCACUGGUAGCUUUGUACAAAAUGUGCCAGAAGAAAACUCCAGAGAGACAAGAGAAUGGCGCUGAACAGGCCCAGUCAGAUAAAGAAGGAGUCAAACUUCUUUCUGUGAAGACAACUUCUUCUGAGACUGGAGAGCACUCAUCUCAUGGGAAGAAUAAAACUCGGCAAAUCUUCACAUCUCAGCAAUAAAUGUAUGUGAAGCAACCUGUUUUAUCACAAUAUGCAAGAACAUCUCACCAAAGUUGUGUUUCAAUGGGAAAUGUGGAGAAGCUGAAGCUUUUUACCACCAGGCCACUUGUGUUAAUGACCAGGUUUUGACUUCUAAAUUUCAAGCAUCUCCUUUCCCUUCUGGAAUGACAUGUAAUUUUUUGAUGGCUUAAUAACUGGUAUACCAUGUAUAUUUAUUAUUUUCACAUAUAGUAAAAGCAGGGGAACAAGGUUGAAAAGAAUGUAAAAAGAUGAGUGAAGAUGAUGUAAAAAUUUGGUGAUAUUUGCAUAGUAGCUACUAAAAAUGUUUUCUGCACACACAGGAAGAAAUAAGUCAGCAUACUUUGUUGAACUUAUGAUAGCUAGGGAAAUUUUAGUUGUAUGUAGCAGAAUACAAACAGGACCUGACCCUUGAAACAGGACUGGGCAAACAGCCACUAUGAAAAUUAAUUCAGUGAUUUGCAUGAGACUCCUCACUGUAGCACAUGCUUUGCUUGUCAUAAAUGUUUACAGGGUGGGAUGCCUGGCUGAGAUGCUGAAUAGUGUGCUUCUGUUCUGUGAAGGGAGGAAUAUACCUUGCACUGAGGCUCUUUGAAAUUCUGUAAAUUACUGAACAUAAUCCUUGCAAUGUAGCAGGCAAUAGCUGGUUUUCACCUGCUCCUUGGCUAAUUGCAUUAUGUGUGCUGCAAAUAUGACUCCCAUGUAGCCUGGGGCACACAGUGGGAAUGAGCAAGGUAAGCAAUUUCACAGAUGAACCUUCUUGCCAGAGUUCUGAGUAAUGCAUGGGAUUCCUGUGGGUUAUUGAAUAACUCUGGAAGUUCAAAGAGUGUUUCAAGUGCUAAUUACAGACACUCUUAAUUUGUACAGAGCCGGCAGUUCCAAAAUACCAAGUAGUGCUUCUGCCUGCAUGUACCCUACCUUUCUAGAACUAAAAAUGUUUGAAAGUUGUAUUACUGUGAGCAUCUGCUCAGUCUCAAUCCACUGACUGUAGCAUUCCAAGCAUUACAUUUUUUUAAAUUGGGAAAUGGAAUGAAGACAACUGGUGGUCUAAGUGCAGGGCCGAGAUCUGGGACAAUCAUCUAAGUUUUGAUACCUAGAUAGAAUGCUUUUGAGGAACUUUUCUCUGCAAUUUCCUUCUCUGAAAUAUUAAAACUUACUUAACAUGAUGGUGAGAGAUUGAGCAGAUUUAUUACUUCAUGUCUAUAGACAAAUCUGAAAAGUGUUUAUUUCCUUGUGCUUGGCUGUUGCUUUUACUUCUGCCUUGGUGGGUCUGAUAAUCUUUCUUAGAGGCACCAUGAGAGACUUUUGGUGAAGCUCAAUAAAAGAUGGGAAACUAACAAGUGUCCAUGCUGCAGCUGAACUUACGUGGUUCAUUCAGGUAUUCCUGGAUAGCUUGUGUUCCUCGGGAGCAGAGAAGUCUUGGAUGCCUACUUUGGAAAGGUCAGGCCAUCUAAAUUACACUGGUUGGCAUCUGCAACUAUUCUGGUUCCUGAUUGAUGAGGUUUCCUUCCAAAAAAAGUAGUCAUUGUGAAUUUUCAUGUUGAUUAAAAACCCAAUGUAUUUUGUAGUAUAUUGUAUCAUAGUGAAAGGACAGUAGAGAAAAGCAGAGAAAUAUUGUGAAAUAUCUGUUUGUGUUUUUGUGCAAAAUCUGUUCAGAAACUACCAUGUUGUGUCAAGAAAAAAAAUUAAUGCCUAUUAAAAUUUAUUAUCUUUAUUAAGUA